UCCAGAUUUUUCCAUUUUCGUUUUCACAACUCAGCCGUCAUUUUCCCUUAGAAAAAUCCAUCGUCGAAUUUUCCUUCUUCUUCGUUGCUAAGGAAUCCAUUACAAUCCGUUCUUCGAGAAAACGCGUCACGUUUCUCAGAUCCCAAUCCCAAUUUCUCCCUAUAAAAUCCCGGCUUCAUCUCUUGAUCGAUACCACAAAGAAAGAAAAUCGGAAAUCCACCAUGGCCGGAACAUCUGAAGAUUCCAAACCCGCCGAAUCUCAGGCCUCCCCUGCACCGACGCCGUCAACGGAGGAUGAAUCAAAGAAAUGGGGGACACACAUCAUGGGACCACCGGCAGCCCCCAACGAGCAUCCGGAUAACCAGAAAGCAGCGUUCUGGAACGCCGCCGCUCAGCAGCAGAUUCACCACCAUCCGUACGUACAAUACUCGCCGAUGGAUCAUCGGCCGAGCACCAACCCGUUCGAGCCCGUGGUACACGCCUUUAAUUCGUGGAGCAACAAGGCAGAAUCGAUCGCGCGUAACAUUUGGCACAAUCUGAGGACUGGGCCGUCGAUGUCGGAAACGGCUUGGGGGAAACUGAACUUGACGGCAAAGGCUAUAACGGAAGGGGGAUUUGAGUCUCUGUUUAAGCAGACUUUCGCGACGGAGGUGAAUGAGAAACUGAUGAAAAGCUUUGCCUGCUAUCUCUCCACCACGACGGGUCCGGUCGCCGGAACUCUGUAUCUGUCGACGGUGCGUGUGGCUUUUUGUAGUGAUCGCCCACUUUACUUCACUGCUCCCUCUGGUCAACCGUCUUGGAGCUACUACAAGGUAAUGAUACCAUUGUCGCAUAUAGCGACGGUGAACCCAGUGACGAUGCCGGGAAACCCGUCGGCGAGGUACCUCCAAAUCACUACCGUGGACGCGCAUGAGUUUUGGUUUAUGGGUUUCGUCAAUUUCGAAAAGGCAACCCAUCACCUCUUAAACGCCGUCUCCGCCCAUAAUUCUCCCAUCUCUGCCGCCUGACCGCCCUUACCUGAAACUUGGCUCACCAUUAUCUCGGCACUUCAUUAGACAUUUUUUGUGAUAUAUAAUGUUAUGUGUUUCUUCAAUUUUUUUUAUUUUUACUAUGGCUUUCUUGUUUUAUAUGUGUAUAUUCUUUUUUGUUAGUAUGUAAGCCUUCUUUACUAAGAUUAUACUAUUGUUAGUAUACAAUAAAUCAUAUACCUUUACUCAUGUUGUUUUAUCAGCAUGUAUGUUAGUUAUGGAGAUCGAUGGAUGUGUUUUGUCAUUUA